CAAACAGGUCCACAUGUAUAAAGAGAUCAUCCCAGGGCUGCGAGUCAGGAGCCUCCGACAGCAUCGUGCCGAAAACUCUCUGGAAACGUCGUGAUUCAGGAUUCGAGGCCGCUUUGGACUUUGUCACAUAGCCACUUUUACAGCAAAACAGUCGGGGGACUUUUUUCCGUGUUUUUUUGGCAACGCAGCAGAACCUAACAGGAGAACCAUGCAGUUAACGCCGACGCAUCGCUUCUUGGCCGUGUAUCUCACGCUGUUUGGAUACCUUGGGGACGUUUACGCGGGGACAGUCCUGGUGAACUCCAACGCCAUCAAAACCCUGCCCGGUGCUGCGGGUGGCAAAGGCACCGAUACCGUCAGCCUGAGUCCGCGCACCUCACCCUCCGGUAGCAUGGGACACAAAUUACCCGUUGACACCUUGCAGCAGUCAGGUGUCUGCACGGAUGAUGAAGACUGUGGAGGUGAUGAGUUCUGCAACGACGCCCGCGGCGUCUGUCUGCCCUGCCGUAAGAGCCGGAAGCGUUGCGCACGGGACUCCAUGUGUUGUGCAGGAAACCGCUGCAGCAAUGGUGUUUGCCAGGCAAAUGACAUAGAUGGUGCUGAUGCAUCCGUCAUCACCGGCUCUCACAAACACAACAACACUAUGGAACAUCAGGCCAAGAAGCCAACUACUGCCCACAGCAAUCAGCCCCAUUCUUCAAAAGGCCAGGAGGGGGAAACUUGCCUGAGAUCUGCUGACUGCUCUGAGGGUCUGUGCUGCGCCAGACACUUCUGGUCUCGCAUCUGUAAGCCCGUGCUGACGGAGGGACAGGUGUGCACGCGCCACCGCAGGAAAGGCACCCACGGCUUGGAGCUGUUCCAGCGGUGUGACUGUGGCGACGGUCUGGCCUGUCGACCAGAGAAAGGAGAGCGAGACCACACUGUCAGCAGGACUGCAGCCCGGAACCUACACACCUGUCAGAGACGCUGACACCAAAGCGUGGACACACACAGACACAGAAGUACACACUCACACACACACACAUCCAGCAAACUCACAAAUCGGUCACGGACACUGAAAAACACAUUUCAGCCUUCCACACACCAGAGAUGCUGACACACAUACACACAUAUAGACACCCAACACCUAAGACAUUCUUUCCUGCCAAAGUUGCUGACACAAACAGCACCCGGAAGGAUAGACAUGAUUCCUGGAAAAGUGAUACACCCAGAGGGAUGCAACAGUGCAAGACGGAAUGAUCCGAUUCCCCAUCAACAGAUGAGGAGUCGGAAGUUAGGAAGUGACAUUUCAGAAGUUUCAGAAGAUCGAUACUAGUCGUCGGUAAUGGCAGAGCUGUUUUGUUUCUCUUUUUAUGGAACUUCAAGCCUCAGUUAUUGCAGUAAAUUACUGUAUUGUAAAUAUUAUCCUGAAGGUGGCACUUAAUUGAGCUAUUGAAUUCUGUCAACACCAGUAUUAUAAAGACAUGGUGCUGCAUGCUUUGUAAAUGUGUUAUAUAUAUUGUUUUAUAAGAAAAUGUUAUAAAUAGAAAAAUGAAUAUAUUUGUUUUAUUAAACAUCAUGUGA